GCUGGAGAAGGUUGGUGGGUGGGCAGCAUGGGAUUCGAGGAGCUGCUACACAAGGUGGGAGGCUUUGGGCCCUUCCAGCUGCGGAACGUGGCACUGCUGGCCCUGCCCCGUGUGCUGCUGCCCAUGCACUUCCUCCUGCCCAUCUUCCUGGCUGCUGUGCCAGCCCACCGCUGUGCCCUGCCUGGAGUCCCUGCCAACUUCAGUCACCAGGACGAGUGGGUGGAGGCCCACCUGCCCCGGGAGCCUGAUGGCAGGCUCAGCUCCUGCCUCCUCUUCACCCAUCUCCAGGCGCUCCCCAACACCACGCUGUGGGGAGGGGGGCAGAGCCCUGGGGAGCAGCUGGAGGGUGAGCCCUCCACAGUGCCCUGCCCUCAGGGCUGGGAGUACGACCACUCGGAAUUCUCCUCCACCAUUGCAACCGAGUGGGACCUGGUGUGUGAGCAGAAAGGCCUGAACAGAGCCACUUCCACCUUCUUCUUCGCCGGUGUGCUGGUGGGGGCCGUGGCCUUCGGAUACCUGUCUGACAGGUUUGGGCGGCGCCGUCUGCUGCUCGUGGCCUAUGUGAGUUCCCUGGUGCUGGGCCUGGCAUCUGCAGCCUCAGUCAGCUACACCAUGUUUGCCAUCACUCGCACCCUCACUGGCACGGCUCUGGCUGGCUUCACCAUCAUCGUGAUGCCACUGGAGCUGGAGUGGCUGGACGUGGGACACCGUACUGUGGCAGGUGUCCUGAGCAGCACCUUCUGGACAGGGGGUGUGAUGCUGUUGGCACUGGUCGGCUACCUGAUACGGGACUGGCGAUGGCUUCUGCUGGCUGUCACCCUGCCUUGUGCCCCAGGCAUCCUCAGCAUCUGGUGGGUGCCUGAGUCUGCACGCUGGCUUCUGACCCAGGGCCGUGUGGAAGAGGCCCACAGGUACCUGCUCCGCUGUGCCAGGCUCAAUGGGCGGCCUCUGGGUGAGGACGGCCUGAGCCAGGAGGCUCUGAGCAAAGUGGCUGCUGCGGAGCGAGUGGUCCGAAGACCCUCAUACCUAGACCUGUUCCGGACACCAAGGCUGCGACACAUCUCAUUGUGCUGCAUGGUGGUGUGGUUUGGAGUGAACUUUUCCUAUUAUGGCGUGAGCCUGGAUGUGUCGGGACUGGGGCUGAACGUGUACCAGACGCAGCUGCUCUUCGGGGCCGUGGAGCUGCCCUCCAAGCUGCUGGUCUACCUGUCGGUGCGCCACGCUGGACGCCGCCUCACGCUGGCAGGAACGCUGCUCGGCGCCGCCCUCGCCUUGGGCUUCAGGCUGCUGGUGUCCUCCGAGGUGAAGUCCUGGAGCACCGCCCUGGCGGUGAUGGGGAAAGGUUUUUCGGAAGCUGCCUUCACCACUGCCUACCUGUUCACGUCGGAGUUGUACCCUACCGUGCUCAGACAGACAGGGAUGGGGCUGACUGCACUGGUGGGCCGACUGGGGGGCUCUUUGGCCCCACUGGCAGCCUUGCUGGACGGAGUAUGGCUGUCACUGCCCAAGCUCGCUUAUGGGGGGAUCGCCCUGCUGGCUGCCUGCACUGCCCUCCUGCUACCAGAGACAAAGCAGGCACAACUACCAGAGACCAUCCAAGACGUGGAGAGGAAGAGUGCCCCAUCCAACCCUCAGGAGGAAGAGAUGCCCAUGAAGCAGGUCCAGGACUGAAUGGAAUCAAGGGCAGGCCCUCCAUGGAAGUUCUGCAGCAG